CGCCCUUUUAUCCACAACCCACGAACCAUCAUGCCUGUAAUAUGGGGUUUCGAUCUUUCAGAAAUGCACUGGAGUGCUUUCGGUCAUGCCAACAUGUUCGACCGCCGUUGGCAUCUUCGAAGGGAACGGUUCGUCGUUUACCAGCUGGCCAUGCUCAUCUGUCUCGCAGCGGAAUGUACCGCCACAUACUCUCUCGACAAGUACGAAGAUCUCCAAAAGCAUGUCGAAGCGUGGUCUGGUCACCGUGCCCACCUGUUCAACAACGACAUCAUCGACGCAGAAAUCACGACCAUUGUGUUUUGCGUCAUGGUGGCCACUUUAUUCGGCGCAGACUUCUUCUUUCUCCUUUUCUUCCCAAGAAGAAGAUACCCAGCUUGGUAUACGAUCACCAAGAAGAUCUUUGCUGUCGUUAUUACAGCAGGAGUAUUUGCUGCUGCAGUGUUGAGCACCGUUAUCGUAGCACGUAACUCUGCGACAAUAUCUGGUGUCAGCGCUGAAGAAGCCAAAUCUCUCACCGACCUCUAUUUCAGACCCCCUCUGCAAUACAACAAGUGGGCUGUCAAUAUCGCCUAUGUCUGCGUUCUAUGGCCCGGAUUCCUCGCUACCGCUGCAAGCACUGUCAUCCUCUUCAUUGCUGCAGACUGGGAUGCCGUUCAUGGAACCGACCCCCGCGAUGAGACUCUGAGGGAAAAAGGACAUGAAGUCGCUGAUACUGGCUCGCCUUGAGAAUAAGUAUUAAAAAAUGGCACGACUUCAAUUUUAUCAGACUAUACCAUUCCACAUGACAUUCUCUUGCAUACGAAUAUUUCACGAGUUGGUGUUGUAUACACGGUGGACGUUGUACCUUACUGUUUUUUCUACCCUAAUAGUAUAAGAUCUAAGAUCUAUGAAUCAGUCC